AUGCAAUUGGAAUUGAUUAUCAAGGUCCAUAAGCCCCAUGAGUCUUUGAUUGGAUUGUACAAGAUCUUCCGUGAGAUUGCCAGAAUAACACUGCAAACGACCUACAAUUUGCUAUGUCAAGUAUUUAAAAGAGCUGAGAAAGACUAUAUCCGUAGUUUGAAAAGUGUCAUGACAUGUACAUGGGGAUGCUCGCUGGUGGCAUGCUGGUCAAAAACGGUCAGGAGAAGGUUCACGCUGCCUGAGGAGCAGGGGACUCAAUUGUUUUGCGUUCAGCGUCAGGAGUCACAAGAUAACAAGGACAACUAA